AUGGUUCGAAUCCGACCUCCGCCACUCGACUGCUCCUGUCUAGGUUUGGACAACCUGGCAGUAUCUCAGCCUUGGUGCUUCCUUCGGGUGGCAUGGCAGCUAGGCACCGAAAGGGUGUUACAACUGAAGGAUUUCUUCGAGAAUGUCGGUGUCCAUAUUCUUUACUGCAAUAUUGGAUUUGAAUUCCAUCCUAUUGAAGCUACGCAUCGGUGUACAUCGUUGAUCGUGACGGAACGCGAGAAAUACGCAAAUUGGUAUAUCUGGACGCGUAAGCGCGUUCUGUUACCCAUCGAGUGCCGUUACUCCGAAACCUCGAACUGCCUGAAUAAUCCUGCCGUACGAUUUGAUGUGCGCGACAACCACCAGAAAAGUUCGAUUGUAUUACGCGCUGGGUGUGAGCGAUGCUCACAUAUUCAAUCAUUGUGCCGCAACAUCAUGAAUCCGAGGGUACCUCUCUCACAGUUUCAGCAAAACUACAGUUCAAUCAAGUUAGCGGAGGACGAGCACUUUCGAACUAAAAAAACGUCGGACUAA